AUGUGCUCUCCAGUUCUCCGUGGUUCACCUCUGGCUCCCUUGCCGCAAAAUAUCCGUCGAAGAUCCACCUGCCUCUCACACCUACGUGUUCGUCGUAACUACGCGCAACACACCAAGGACUCCUACGAGCCCAGCAUUUUGGAGCAACGGGUAAAUGGGGUGUGGCGGACCGGCGUCGACACAGCUGAUCUUGAUGGAGUGCUGGUGGAACGGAUCCUGGGUAUACUGCUAGUUUUGUUCAUUUGUGGGGUACAUUGGCUGCUGGCUCUGGCAUACGUAGAAUUACUUGCGAUCGCCGUGUCAGUGUUCCGACAGGUUGAGAUGAUUCUCGCAGACCGGCCUGACGACUUGUACUGUCCGGAACACAAACGCUUGAGCUCUGGACUUCUAGAGAACAAGGAGGAAAUGCUUGAUAUGUUGGUGCCUUACGGAAUCAUUGCUCUUAACAGUGGCUAUUUGUCAAAAUUUAUCUCGCGAACCUGCUUCCGUCUGCCUGAUAUCCUGCUGGACAACCCACACGUAUUUCCAGUCUUCUGCACCCUGAUAACAGCGAUAGUGGCGAAGACUAGUCACUCACCGGAAUCAUUGCUUUAA